AUGGGUUACAUAUUAGAACUAUUGAGACAAUACGGCAUGAGUGAGUGUAACCCAGUAGCUACGCCGUCAGGAUGUAAUACGGUUUUUGAUAAAUCUUGCGAGAAGCUUGAUAAAACCUAUCCAUAUAGGGAAAUAAUUGGGGCUCUUAUGUAUUUGUCCGUUGCCACAAGACCCGACAUAGCUAAUACGGUGGCAAGAUUGGCGCAGUUCGUAAAUGAUCCUUCGAAAGCACACUGGAAUGCGGUUAAACGUGUCUUAAGGUAUCUUGCUGGCACGGCUGAUAAAGGUUUGGUGUACCAAAGGCCAGCCCUUCCGCUUGUAGGUUACACCGAUGCUGACUGGGGUGGAUGCACAAACGAUCGUCGUUCUUAUACGGGCUAUGCAUAUUUGGUCAGCAAUGCAGCCAUUAGGUGGAAAUCACAAAAACAACGUACUGUCGCACUUUCGUCAACAGAGGCCGAAUAUGUUAGUUUGGCAGAAGCAGCUUAA